AUGGCGCGGGAGACAUCCCCUCUGCUCGAAAAUGCGGACCCGAUUGAAGCGGAGACUACACCGGAGACUCCUCUGAUUACGGCAAGUGGGGAGGGUGCAGCGAAAUAUCCACGAUACCCGAGUGCAAUACUCACCGUUUUCGCCGUAUGCUUUCUUGCGGAUGCUGGCUCGGCGCUGCUGGGCGUUCCCGAAGUACGGGCUUUCGAAAUGGCAGUCUGUAGAGACUACUACAUGGAGCACGACCCAUCGGUCAUCGGGGAGCCUCCCUUGUCUUACGUGGAUGAGAGCCUUUGCAAGUUGAGGGAGAUCCAGACGAGAAUGGCGUAUCUUCGGGCCACGAAAGGACUGAUCAUGACCAUCCCAGUUUACUUCCACCGUGCCUUCUCGACAAACAUGGUCCUUCUGACACCAAUCUUCCGCAUCGUCGGUGGCGGCAAUCGCGUCUUGGUCGCUAGUCUAAACUCGAUCGUCGUGGAUACUGUCCCUCCUAGUAUGCGUCCAACGGUUUUCUACGUUACUGGGGCGGGUUUGCUCAUUACCGAAACUGUGAUGAUUCCCCUUGGUUCUCAGUUGUUGCUGAAAGACUUGUGGCUAGCCUUCAAAGUCGCUAUGCCUAUACUCCUCGCGUCGUUGGUGCUAGUUGGCGUUCUCCCUGAGACUCAUGAUCCUAAACAUAAUUCUGGUGAUGGAACCGACGAUGCGUCUGUGGACAGCUCGGAUACGAACAAACCAUUCCUACACAUGCUUCUGAGAAGAGGGGCCAACAAUGUCAAGAAAGCUGGGCGAGGUCUCAGGGGCCUGCCCAAGGGAGCAAAGGUGACACUGUCGAUCAUCUUUUUAUCCAAGUUUGCGAGAGAAUGCUCGGGCCUGUUCGUUCAAUAUGCAUCCAAGGUAUUACACUGGCCCAUCGCCAACGCGGGAUAUGUCAUAUCAGUCAAGAGCUUCAUCUCUCUCGUGCUACUGAUUUUACUCGCCGGCAUGUCGACAGCUGCCAGCCGCCGGGGCGAAGCCGCAACGUUGCUUCUGAACAGGCGAGUAGUCAUCUUGAGCCUGGCGAUGCUAGCGUUGGGAGCGUUACUGGUCGGUCUCAGCAGAGAUGCGGCGACUCUAGUCCUGGGUUCAGUAUUUGAAUCCACGGGAUACGGAAUCGGCCAAGCUCUCCAAGGAACCUUGGCUUCGUUCGCGAACCCAUCAUCAACUGGCGAGCUCUUCGCCGGGGCUGCGCUAAUCGAGCUACUCGCCGGACUAUCGGGUACCUUUGCGUUAGCUGGCCUAUUUGACCUAGGUCUUCAGUCCAAGUUUGUCAGAGGAGUUGGAUUGCCCUACUUCGUGGCGGCAAUACUCUACGCGAUAGCUGUCAUUGAGUCAUUGUCCCUGUGA